CUUCGUGCUUCAUGGAAGCAUUUAAUUCGCGCUUCUUCUAUAUAACAAAGAAAAAUCAAAAAGUAUUUUUCAAUCGCAUGAAACUCAUUGAUAUUGAACUCCGUUUGUUUUCCAAUUUGUUUGACCCCGAAUCCGCCGUCCGUUGUGUGUUUUUGUGUCGAAAGGAAUAAUCAAGUGAAACGGAAACCAACUCAUAACAUAUAGUAUACAAAAAGUGCUUCUCCAUUUGGCGCCCAAAAACGGAAGGACACUCGUGACUUCAAUCAUCACCUCUAGAAGGACAUUAACACCAGGAACUGGACCAAUUUUUGACAGAAAAACGAAAUCAAACACAACAAUCAACUUUACUCACCGACCUUUCUAGUCUUCUACAUACCCGUUUACACUCGAAGAAUAACCUAUUUGUAACGACCACUUUUUGGAGAAACAUAUCGCUAGCGAAGGAGCCAAAAGAGAAGUGGCUUAAUCCCGGACCCAUUUUCCCCAAUCCUGCCCCUUCAAGCCAGGAUCAGUCAAACCCAUAUACUACCCAGAAAACCGAAUCGUGCCCCGUGGCAAAGAAUCCAAGACGGCGCCACUUAAACCACAAGCCUACAAAAUUGGCCGAAUGUUAUGUUGUGGCUUCUGCUGUGGCAAUAUGUCGAAGCGCGAUUACAAAGUGGCCACCACCGAUGGCAUCGAGCUGGAGCCAUUGGGCGGCGAAAAGUGCGAAAAGGAUAAGGACAAGGAUAAGGAAAAGCAGACAAAUGGCGUCACUUUCGGUGGCGAAUCGAGCGGCGGGCGGCAGACGCGUACCGGAGUCGCCGUCUGCUCACAGCGCCGGGCUCUACUUGUGGCCGGAAUCGUGCUCGGCUCGCUGCUGCUGACGGCCAUCAUCAUUGCCUACGCCGGACCGCAGAACGACUGCUCCUGCGGAUCGAAAACGGUGUCCGGUUACGAAACGGAUGAAGAGAACAACACUCAGCCCUUCAACCCGAUUGCCACCAAUGGGGAGCCCUUUCCCUGGCUGGAGAAGAUGCUGCCGACCAGUGUGCGACCCCUGCGCUACAUGGUUACUAUUCAUCCCAACCUAACGACACUGGAUGUUAAAGGCCAAGUCACCAUCGAUUUGCAUGUGGAGAAGGAGACGAACUUCAUUGUGCUGCACAUCCAGGACCUGAACGUCACCGAGAAGGCCAUCGUGACCCCAGGUCCCAAGGGCUACGCCCUCAAGAUUGUCAAGGUGCUGGAGUUUCCGCCUCGGCAACAGCUCUACAUUGAGGUGAAGGAGAAGCUCAAGAAGAAGUCCAAUUACACUCUCAACCUGCGUUGGUACUCUAAGCUCAAUCCGGAGCCUGAGGGUUUCUAUGUGGACCAGUACGAGAGCUCAAAUGGCGUGGAAAGAUUACUAGCUGCCACAGUUUUCCGGCCGAAUGGUGCAAGACGAGCGUUUCCCUGCUUCGAUGAGCCGCACGUUCGGGCGCCAUUCCGCAUCUCCGUGUUCCGAGAUCGCUUCCACAUUGGUCUGUCUAACUCCAUAGUGCACACCACCGAGGACGUGGGCUUCUACAUGGGCACUGGGCUGCUCCGUGACGACUUUAUAGAGACGCCUCCGUUGCCAGCGGAUGCGGUGGCCUGGGUGGUGAGCGACUUCCAGCGUGAAUCCCUGCAGCCCUCGGCGGCAUAUAUCCCCACGACACCAGCGCCACUGGGCACCGGAGUGGGUGGCAAAAAGUCCGCCCAGCUAAACAAUUAUACCCAGCUUAAAGGCAAAAACCCGCCGGUACGAAACAUCACUGCCCUAACUCAUUCCUUGAAUGUCAACCUGACGCCGCGUCAAAAUCUGACAGUGGUUCAGCCCACGACGACGACAGCUUGGCCAGUGAAUCUCAAUGGAAAUGGAAAGCCCACGAAUCUCACAUCGCUGUCACAGUCCACGGGUUCGUCGAUUAAGAGAGCUCCCUCGUACACGUUCUACGCGCCCAGGGAUCUGCUGAUUCGCUCUUCCUUCAUUCUGCACACAUCGAGGGAUGUUCUGGAGUAUCUGCAGACCUGGUUGGACAUCAGUUAUCCCCUCACGAAGGUGGACUUUGUGGCGCUGCCUUCGUUGGAUCGUAAUAUGAUCUCCUCGUUGGGACUGGUCACCUUGAAAACCUCAUUCUUGACGGAUCCGAGCUCGAUAACCUCUGAACAGUAUCAGUUUAGUGCAUUACGGAUUGCCGAGGCGAUGGUGAGGCAGUUCUUCGGAGGAAUCACCUCCCGCAAAGUGCUCAAGGAUGUGUGGCUGUGGGAGGGAUUGAUCCAAUACCUGGGAAUCCAUGCCUUGGCUCCGCUUCAAGAGAGCUGGCCUUUGAGAGAGAUGUACCUGCUUAAGAUGGCCACUGCAGCGCUGGACAUAGAUGCCAUCCAAGGAUGGGAUAGCAUUAUGAAUGGCACCAGUCACGAUGGCAACAAUGAGGAGUUCUUCGUUCAGAAGACGGCAGCCAUAUUCUCCAUGUUGCACACGGCCAUCGGUGAGGAUCGUUUUAGGGGCUGCCUCGGCUCGUUCCUCAAGGUGAAUCGAUUCAGGACCGCCGAGCCCACAGAUCUGUGGACCAUUUGUACAAAGAAAGCGAACGGUUCGAAGAACAUCAAGGACAUGAUGACUCUGUGGACCCACCAGCCGGGUUUCCCGUUGCUCACUGUCACCAAAAUGGGCAACAGCAUAUCCAUCUCGCAGAGGCCCUUCCGACCUGCUGAUUUUCUAGCCAUCCACGAUGACUCCUACGACGGUAACAACUAUAAUAAGUCGUCGCUGAAUGCCACGGAUAUGCCAAGUACUGUGCCGCCCACAACGCAGGGUAGCAAACACAAGGCAGUGCCUCACAUGAAAUGGAUCUUUCCGGUCACAUACGUAACCGAUAUUAACAACGUCAGCGAAACCCUCUGGAUGCAGAACGUUGAUGUAACCUUCAAUGUUCCCGAGAACGUCAAGUGGAUCAAAGUGAAUGCCAUACAAAACGGCUAUUAUCGAGUGGUCUACAACGACGACAAUUGGGCCAGUCUCAUCGAGGAGUUGGCCACUAAUCCCAAGCGCUUUACCAGCGAGGAUCGCUUAGGCCUGUUGUCGGACGCCUUUACGCUCUGCCAUGCUAAUCUGCUGCCCUGCGAGAUCACCAUGAAUAUGAUCCAAUAUCUGCCCAGCGAAACGCACUACGGACCAAUGGCUCUAGCCUUAAGGCAUCUGGAGAAAUGGCGUCGCAUACUCAAGUACUCGGAGUGCUUUCUCAUGCUCAGCGAGUUUAUCAAAAUGAAGAUCUCCACGGUUAUGGAGAAGGUGGGCUGGUCGGAUGACGGUGAUGUGGCCACCAGGCUACUGCGUCCCGAGGUGCUGUUGGCAUCGGUUCUGUGGGAGGACAUUGAUAGCAUCACGAAGGCGAAGAACAUGCUUAACCAAUAUCUAUACUACAAUGGUUCCGCCAUUUCGCCAAACCUUAGAGAGGUGGUCUACACCGGCUCUAUCCUGUCCGGGGAGUAUAUUUACUGGCAGCACUGUUGGGAGCGUUUCGUUAACCUCCAGCGCACCUCGGAGACUUUUGUGGAGCGGAUGCAGCUGCUCCGCGCUUUGGGAAGGACCAAAGAUGCCUGGCUGCAGAACCGCUUGCUUUCGCAUGUGACAAUGCUGCCCACCGAGGAGGUGGUGCAGGUGCUAAAGGCCAUCGCAGGCACGCCGACGGGCGGAGCCAUGGCCUGUCGCUUCCUGCAGGCCAAGUGGUUCGAGCUGGAGAAGCGCCUGGGUCCGGGCACGAUCAGCUUUGCCAAGGUUAUAUCGGCCAUCACUCAGUACGGAGCCACUAAGUUCGACUACGAUGAGCUCAAGUCGCUGGUGCAUCGAUUCGGCCGAGGUCACGGGAUGUCCGUGCUGAAUAUGACCUUGAGCAGCGUGGCCUCCAACGUGGAGUGGGUGGCCCGGUCACAGACGUCGCUCUACAAGUGGGUGGAGGGGAACCUGCACUCGCAUCGAUAGAGGAGAUGGGACACAAACACGGUGGUCCUUGCACACUUCUCUCUUCAGACUCAUUUGUAAUUAUGUUCCUCUCUCAGACACGAAUCUUAAGUGAACUUUGAUUUCGCCGAGUUAACUAACACACUAUGGAUCUAUACUCUUUCCCAUAUCAUUGCCAGUUCGAUCGAUCUCCUUGGUUUUCUCUGUAGCUGUCCUAUAAUUUUAGUACUCAAAGUUAAUCCACUUAACUGUAAAUUACGAUUGCUAUGAACAAGCAGAUCUUAUAUUUGUGUAUAUCUAUUCCAGUGGAGAAAACCUUUUCUAGCACAUACGAAUGUGUAUAUCUACAACUGAACAUAAGGAUCUAUCUAUAUAUGUAUAUUGUAUAUGUAUGUAUAUUUUACAAACCAAAAAAGAAAAAACCAAACAUAUUUAGAGCAAUGGAUAAUUGUAGAUUGUAAGCGAAGAACAAAGAACAACAUAUUUUUUCAUAAAACUAAAAUGAAAGGAAACAUAAGAAGCCCCAUAAUCGAUAAACUAAAUCGCCAAUGAAUGCAUUCUAGUAACUGUAUAGCAUAUAUGUAUAUUAAUAUUAGUGUGUCCGUGUAUGUGCGCAUCGAAUCAUCAUUGAACUCUUCCUUUUUCCCCAAGAAAAUGAUUACGUCUAAAAUUGAUGCCCAACUGCCCUAGGCUGCCUGACCAAAAGCAAAUAAAAUCUAAUUUUUAGGAUAAAAGAACUUUAUAAUUUGUAUAUUUAUUUGAAAAUCGAUAAAUCAGUAUUAGCUUCCAAUCAAAACUAAUUUGUCUACCAGUCCAUCAUAUUAUUUUCACAUUUUUAAAGCUAUAAUUGUGAUACCUUAAACUUGGCCUAACGUAUAAGUAUCAAAUUAAAAUCAGCGAAUUCAAAAUUUCAAUAAAGCAGAAAUACGUAUUUAAUUUAAUAACCAUUAAUAUUUACGGCGAAUCCAAUUGGCUUGAAAUCUGUUAACAUUAUUAUAUGCCUGCCAUAGUAAUUAACUAUCUUAAGUCAUGUACUAACCAGAAAACCAAAUAUAGGUUCUUAUUACAAAAUGUCAAGAGGGCAGAAAUACAAAUUUAUGUAAAGAUAUACCUUUCUUUCAAGCACUUUUUGUGGUCUAAGGUCAGGCAGGCAGAUAACGUAGGAAAUCAAGAUACGAAGUUACAUAUAAACAUACCAUAAUGUACAUACAUGGCGUACAUGCUGUAGUUUGCUAGAACCCAAACAUAUUCAACACUUUUUAUUUCCGCACUCGCAUAAGACACAAAACUGAUUAUCAGAUUACAAUGUUCCGACUACUACGACUUGUGUCCAAUUAAAUACGUUUUACCAUGUGUUUUUACCAUUUCACCAUAUCGCUAGUUAUCAUUUAAUUAGUGCUGGAACUUCUGCCCUAAAGAUAGCCAGGUUUUUUAGACCCGAGGUGUUUGAGUAAACUGAGCGAAUCCGUCGUUUUCUGCCACUUCAAACUGGGUUCC